GCGAACGAGCCAUGCUUGCGUUCAUUCUACUUAUGGCAAUGGGUUGCUACAUCGAUCUGGUGGCUGGGAGCAUGGAAAGUGACCGUCUGAUCAGCUCAAAAAUGACGGGAUUGAGAGGAGGGUUCGGCCCGACAAAUGCAGGAGCGAUGCCAAAGAUGUAUCAACAAGCGCAAAAGUCGGAUAACCUCCAGAGCUCGAAGCUCACAAGAAUCUCAUGGAAGAAAUUGAAUCCAGCGGAGACUUAUGACUCUGUUGAGGUGGCAGGAUCUUGGUCGGGCUUUGGAACUCGCCAUGCGUUGAAGAGAACCAGGGACGGAGGUUCUUGGGACGUGCAACUGGAGCUUCCCAAGGGAGAACAUCAGUUCAAGUUCAUCCUCAAUGGCAACGAGUGGAAAUGCCACCCAGAGCUCCAGCUAUCCUCAGAUGGGCGUGGAAACCAGAACAACCUGAUUCUUGUAAACCCUUCUCUUGAUUCCCAAGAAGCGCAG